GCGCACCGCACCGCACCGCACCGCACCGGGGACCGGCGCUCCAUGAGCCGCCGCGGUGGGGCUCGGCGCUGCGCUCGCUCCCCGCCGGUGCCGGGAUGUGACUUGCGGCGAGCUGGCGGACAGAGCUGCCCCGGGAUUUCCUGCCCGCUGAACCCAAACACCGGGGAUGGCUGUCACCGCCACGGCACCGGGUACCUAUUUGUCAGCGAUACGCUUGGUACUUACUGGCAGCGAGCGUGGGUGCCGAGGUGUUCUCUCGCUGCAUCAGGAGAAAGCAGACAGAAAAAUGAAAACCUACCCAGCCAUUGGUUUCUUCCUCCUCUUCGUGAUCAGCUAUGGCUCUUCCGAAAACUCAAGUACGUCUAGAGGGUGCGGACUGGAUCUUCUCCCCCAGUACGUUUACCUGUGCGACCUGGAUGCCAUUUGGGGAAUAGUUGUGGAGGCAGUUGCGGGGGCAGGGGUGCUCACCACGCUGUUGCUGAUGCUGAUUUUGCUGGUGAGGCUGCCCUUCAUCAAGGACAAGGAGAAGAAAAGCCCCCUGGGAAUGCACUUCCUCUUUCUUUUUGGGACUCUCGGACUGUUUGGGCUGACGUUUGCUUUCAUCAUACAAGAAGACGAAACGGUGUGCUCUGCCCGAAGGUUUCUAUGGGGAGUUAUCUUUGCUUUGUGCUUCUCGUGCUUGCUAGCUCAAGCCUGGAGACUUCGUAGACUAGUUCGACAUGGGAAGAGUCCAUCUGGCUGGCAUCUAGCUGGUGUGGCAAUCUGCCUGAUGCUCGUUCAGGUCAUUAUUGCAACCGAGUGGUUAGUACUGACAAUUGUCAGAGAUAACAAGUUGGCCUGCAGCUACGAACCCAUGGAUUUUGCUAUGGCUUUGAUUUACGUUAUGUUCCUGAUGGUAUUUACCAUGGGAUUUUCUCUUUUCACUCUCUGUGGGAAGUUUAAGAAAUGGAAGAAAAAUGGAGUAUGCCUCAUUAUAACACUUUUUUUUUCCAUUCUGAUUUGGGUAGCCUGGAUGACUAUGUACCUCUUUGGUAACGCUGAGCUAAAGAGAAGAGACAAAUGGAGUGAUCCCACUCUGGCUAUUGCACUGGUGUCCAGUGGUUGGGUGUUUGUUAUUUUUCAUGCCAUCCCAGAGGUCCACUGUACCAUCCUUCCAUCGCAGCAGGAAAACACUCCCAAUUAUUUUGAUACUUCACAGCCAAGGAUGCGUGAAACUGCUUUUGAGGAAGAUAUACAGCUUCCUCGGAGCUACAUGGAAAAUAAAGCCUUUUCAAUGGACGAGCAUAAUGCAGCGCUAAGAACGGCAGGAUUCCGAAAUGGCAGUUUGGGAAGCCGACCUAGUGCUCCUUUUAGAAGCAAUGUGUAUCAGCCAACUGAGAUGGCAGUUGUGCUAAAUGGUGGGACUAUACCAACUGCUCCGCCAAGUUACACUGGACGACACCUCUGGUGAAAGGCUGUAGGCUGUAGAGAAUAAGAAUCCUUGUUGCAGAUGUUGUUCCCUGGCAGUGUGUCUUUGAGGGAGGAAUCCGUUAACAGUACCAGAACAAAGCAACAAAACAUCCAGGAGCUUUCGAAAUCCUACAGAGGAUUUUGUCUAAAUGUGAACACCGUGGAACUGAUAACUGCAAAAACAAAAUUGUAAAACUGAAGUUGAAUCUAAUUUAAAACAGAAGUAGGCACACCUUAAAUUGGAAGAGGGGGAAUAUUGUAUUCUGAAAUGUAAGAUAUUCUCUUGUCUGUAACUAGUGUGCGAGGCAAGCCUGUUUUUGUGGGUUGCCAGUUGCUUGCAAAAUACCCUCCUCUCACCUAAACUUAAUUCACGUUGCCACAAGAGGUUGCCACUACUGUGUGAAAACAUGCAGGAUUUCUUUCCGUUUUGCUCUUUUUCCCUUCAUUUCAAACAUCAUGAAAAGUACUGUUUGCUUCAUUACCGAGCUGUACUGUAGAGUCACGUAGCAUCAUGUGUAGUCCGGCAUCAUCGCUCCGUGGCAACUAAAUUUCCAUUACACUGUAGGCUGAUACUCUUCUCUUCAAAAGCUGGUGUAGGAAAUGCAGUUGUGGAGGGAUGAAGGGUCUAUGUAUGUUUCAUGUGAGUUAUGGAGCUUCUCGAGGCAGAGCCAAAGCUCAGGUCCAGCAGAGAGGCAUCUCUCCUCGGCCGCCUGGCAUCGAUUCCCCGUUAUUCCAGCCUCCCCCAGGCGCGAGCGAAGAGCCGCGUGCUCUCCUGUCUCCUACAGGCAAAGCCAUUCAGUGAAACUCUGGAGGGAUGUAAUUUUGCGAAGACUUAUCUGGGGAGAGAGCGUGCCUCGAGUUUGCCAGGAGUUUGUUGUGAUAGUGGAUGAAUGGCAACGCGCUGUACUGCCCGCGCCAGCCCGGCUGGUGGGCUGACCUGGCCAAGCAGGAAAGCGGUGGGAGGUGGGAAGUGCUGACCACCCUUCAGGAGAAACGCGGCAGCAGACAGGGUCAAGACCUCCCUUUCCAGUCCCUGUUCAUACGAGUAGUCCCCUUGACUGCAGUUGUUUGUGCAUUUAAAUGUGGUUGUGCAUUUUAGUGCCUAGCUAGUAGAAUCUCCGUGCUGGAGGUGGUUUGUUGUUGUUUUUGUUUUUUAAAGGUGGUUUCUUCCCUACUCCUCCUCCCCUCCACUUUUUUGAGUUGAUAUAAGGCAGACUUUCUCAAAGCUUUUUAUCUUUGUUUUCUCCAGGUUAUUUAAAAGGUUCCCAUUGCCCAUUGUUUGUGCCAUGGUUUUUCAUUAUGUUUAAGCAAUCAUUCCUUUAUUUAACAUUUAAUACAUAUCGGACAUUGAAAACAUCAUUGUAUCCUCACUGUUUGGCCAAUGUUAAUCUUAGCUUUCCUCGAUACUAAAAGCUAAUUGUUUUUACUUGAGGGCAUAGGAAACUUAUAACAAUUAAACUUUGCAUAUGCUGUAAUAAAAAUAUAUAUUUUCAAACUAAAAAAAAUAUAAUGUACAAAUAACUGAAUAGCUUAGUAGCUUCACAGAAGGAAGUUACUUGCUGUAUACUGCAAAAGAAAGACAAGCUUUUUAUUUUUCAAGAGUCUUCCUGAUUCUUCAUGUACCUCCAUUUCUACUGAACUAGGAACGUAGUCCUGCAGACCUGUACUCCCACGAGUAGCCCCAUCGACACCAGUAGGUCUACAUACAGGUACAGAGGCUGCAAGACCGGUCCUUAAGUGUUGCACACAGAUAUAUAUGCAUAUAUAUAUAUAUAUAUAUGGAAAAAAUAGAUAUUGCCAUUCUUGCCAUGAUCAUCUUAUAGGAUUUUAUUUCAAAGCCCUUCUCUUACAGAAGCAAUGUUUUUCUGUCAUGCAUGAGUGAAGGAGCAUGUUAGCUCCCCCCUGCCCUUUCCUCCUCGAGGCAAAGGAAGCAUGUGCUUGUUUUAGGGAUUGCUUAUUUUAUUUUGUAAGUAACUAGAUGGCCUUAGCAACCAAGUAGGGUAGGGGUGGAUAUUGCAUGCUGUCCAGUGACUUAGAAAUACAUUUUGCUUGUUUUAAGCAAAGCUUUGA